CUUAUGCUAUCUUACGCACUCUCUGCCACAAGAAAAUCACAUUCAUCCUUCACAUUCACACCUACACUUCUAGUAUACUCCAUUCAUAGUAACUCUGUUACACAUCAAAAUCGUACGUCACUAUAUAUAUAUAUAUAUAUAUAUAUAUAUGAAUGUGUGUGUAUAUAACUCUCUCUAUUUAUAGUUGUGAAUCACAGAAUAUAUAGCUAUGGUGUCGUUUUCAGUCGGAAUAGUUGGUGAGGAUUCUUCAGUUACUCGUUCAAAUGGCUCAUAAAUUCGUUGUUGAAUGGAAUGGCUUCUGUGAUAAAAAUGUGGCUCCCUUUGUUGGUUGUUGAGGCUUAAAGCUCGUUUACGCUAGGGUUUUGUGAUGAGGUUUUUAAUAGUGAAGUGGUUUUAGCCGUGGACGCUUCAGUACAAGAACAUGUUCGGGUUUUCUCGCAGGCGAAUGAAGCUUGGAAGAUUGAAGGUUCAGCUUUCAGACUCUGCUCAGGGAACUAGAAGUCCUAUAAGACACCCGAAACGCAAUAGUAAUUCCAAUGGUGAAGGUGUUGCACCUGCAACUAAUAAAUCCGAUGAACUCAAUUGCCAAUAUUCAUCUGCUGCACCGGAGCUUAAUAACUGCACUUCAGGGAACUCUGAGAAUUGGAUGGUGCUGUCAAUUGCCGGGGACAAGCCCACUCCUCGCUUCAAUCAUGCAGCAGCUGUAAUUGGGAACAAGAUGAUCGUUGUUGGUGGUGAAUCUGGGAAUGGAUUGUUAGAAGAUGUGCAGGUGCUUAACUUUGACAGAUUUUCCUGGACCACAGCUUCAUCAAAGCUUUACCUUUCACCAACCAGCCUGCCACUGAAGAUCCCAGCAUGCAAGGGUCAUUGCCUGAUUUCUUGGGGGAAGAAGGUGCUCCUGAUUGGAGGGAAAACUGACCCAGCAAAUGACAGAGUUUCAGUGUGGGCAUUUGACACAGAAACAGAGUGCUGGUCGCUUAUUGAAGCAAAGGGAGACAUUCCGGUCGCUCGCAGUGGUCACACUAUAGUUAAGGCAAGCUCUGUUUUGAUCCUUUUUGGAGGUGAAGAUGCUAAAAGGAGAAAACUGAAUGAUCUACAUAUGUUUGAUCUAAAAUCCUUGACUUGGCUCCCUCUUCAUUGCACAGGACCCGGACCAUCUCCAAGGUCUAAUCAUGUGGCAGCUCUUUAUGACGAUAAAAUGCUUCUAAUUUUUGGUGGAGCAUCAAAGUCUAGGACUUUGAAUGACUUGUACUCACUUGACUUUGAGACGAUGAUAUGGUCAAGAAUUAAAAAACGAGGACGAGCUUUCCAUCCAUCCCCUAGAUCUGGUUGUUGUGGAGUUCUGUGUGGAACUAAAUGGUAUAUUGCUGGAGGUGGUAGCAGGAAAAAACGACAUGCAGAAACUUUGAUCUUUGACGUUUUAAAACUUGAGUGGUCUGUUGCUGUUGCAUCACCUUCGUCUUCUAUCAGUGCCAACAAGGGAUUCAGUCUUGUACUUGUGCAGCACAAGGAACGGGAUUUCCUUGUUGCAUUUGGGGGAUCCAAAAAGGAGCUAUCUAAUCAGGUUGAAGUACUCAUCUUGGAAAAGAAAGAAUCCUCGAUAGGUCGGAGAUCAACACCAAUUAAAGGUCCAGGAACUUUGCUCUCUGAGAAUCGCUCAUCAUCCAUAGGGUCUUCUGUGCAAUUAAGUAAUGGUGCUUUACACUGUGCAGUUGAUGCUGGUGGGAGACAGAAUCUAGCAUCUGCAAUUGAACAACAUGGAUCUGGGAGGAAAUCCUUGUCAGAAUCCUUAAUCGUGGAUCCAAAUCCCGUUUCUGGUAAUGCCUCACUCCGCAAGCAAUUCCACAAUGAGGAAGAGAGUGUGGUUGCAAAGAUGGCAAAGAGUUCAGAAGAUGAAAGUCAAUCACAAAUAAUGGAACAGAGAACAAAACAACUUGAUAUUGGAAUUCAAACCAACACUACUGGAGGUAAAAUCAUUGAGGAGGAGAUGUCUGCUUUUUUUGAAUCUGAAAAGUCGAACAACCACAUCAAACAAGCAAAUGGAAACCUUCCACCUGAUAGUGAUGAUGUAGUAGCAUUACCAGAAACUGAUGGUAAAUCAGGGGUACUGUCAGCUCCUUCAAGUAUCUAUCAGUUUUAUGAAACAAAAAUGGCUGCCCUGAUAAGAAAGAAUGGAAAUUUGGAAGGACAGUUAGCAGUUGCAUCGGCUAGCCGCGAAUCUGCAGAGAAGAAUUUAUCUUCUGUUCUCAGAAGCAGACAGGAGAUGGAGAAAAAACUGUCAGACACAUUUAAGGAGAUGGAAUUGUUGAAAGAGAAGCUAUCUGGAUUAGAGCUGGCACAAGAAGAGUCCAACAACCUGUCAAAUAUUGUCCACUCUGACAAUGUAAGACUCGAGCAUGAUGUGGCUUUCCUUAAGGCAGUUUUGGAUGACACCCAAAAGGAGCUGCAUUCAACUAGAGGAGUCCUAGCAGGAGAAAGGGCAAGGGCAUUCCAACUACAGGUUGAAGUUUUCCAUCUCAAACAAAGACUGCAAUCUUUGGAGAACCGAGCUCCAACCCCCAGGAAACCUUUUCAUAUCUAGUACAGGGAAUCAAUGUACACGUUGCUAGUAAUUUACAUGUAUGUGCAAUAAAAUAGUAGUUUUGUCAGCUGCAACGUUUUAAUCUUUUUUUGUUAAAAACUGCCAUGGUUCUACAUAAUUUUGUAAGAUAUAUUUUAGAUUAA